CUUGUUGUUGUCAUUAAAAUUGUUAAGUUUGUUCGAAUUGACGAAUACGCAUUUUCUUCAAAUUUUUUUUUUUUGGUUCUUUCUUUCAUUUUUUUUCACAUCAAUUUUGGAACUACAAAAUGUUUUUGAAAUAUUCAUUACUUUUGUUGUUCACCAUAAUAAUUACAUUCAUUAAUUGUUUAAGCUAUAGAGAAUUAUUUCAACAAGAAUGGAAUACAUAUAAAGAUUAUCAUCGUAAAUCAUAUGAUGCUAAUGAAGAUGAAUUCCGUUUCCGUGUAUUUAUGGAAAACAAACAUUUGAUCGCUAAACAUAAUCAAAAAGCUGCUCGUGGUGAAAAAAAUUAUACACUUUCUUUGAAUGAAUUUGCUGAUUUAAUGCAUCAUGAAUUUGUUCAUAUUAUGAAUGGCUAUAAAUAUGAUCCAUCACGACAAACAAAAAAUGGUGCCAGUCUUUUCCUUAGUCCACAUAAUAUUCAAGUACCAAGCGAAGUUGAUUGGCGAAAACAUAAUCUUGUAACACCGGUCAAAAAUCAAGGCCAUUGUGGUUCAUGUUGGUCAUUUAGUGCCACUGGUUCUUUGGAAGGUCAACAUGCUCGUAAAAGUGGUCAUUUAGUUUCAUUGAGUGAACAAAAUCUUGUUGAUUGUUCAGCAAAAUAUGGUAAUAAUGGCUGUAAUGGUGGCUUAAUGGAUUAUGCUUUCCAAUAUAUUGAAUCAAAUCAUGGCAUUGAUACAGAAAAAAGUUAUCCAUAUGAAGGUAAAGUUGGUAAAUGCCGUUAUACACAACGUGCUGUUGGUGCCACAGACACUGGUUUUAUGGAUGUACCACAAGGUGAUGAACAAAAAUUAAAAGAAGCCGUAGCAACUGUUGGGCCAGUAUCAGUGGCUAUCGAUGCAUCACAACCAACAUUUCAAUUCUAUGAUGGUGGUGUUUAUGAUGAACCAGAAUGUUCAUCAACCGAAUUAGAUCAUGGUGUAUUAGUUGUUGGUUAUGGUGUUGAUGAACAAAGUGGUCAAGAAUAUUGGCUGGUUAAAAAUAGUUGGGGUAUUGGUUGGGGAUUGAAUGGUUUCAUUAAAAUGGCACGUAAUAAAAACAAUCAAUGUGGUAUAGCUACAGCUGCAAGCUAUCCAUUGGUUUAAUCAAACCAAACAAACAAACAAAAAAAAUUUUCAAUCAUCUAAAUAAUUAAUAUUACAAUUACAAUUUUGCUAUGAUGAAA